AUGUCUGAGUUACAGCGCCUGUACGCCGCAGCGCACGGAGCGCAGCCGGCAGCACCAGCGCCAGCACCAGCGCCACCACGAGAUGGUCGGGCACAGGCUGGAGGCGAGCAUUUCCAGCAGCAGAACCAAGGAGUCCGCUACCCGGACGCGCGACAGAAGAAGCUAGCGAUUCGGCCAUUCGACGGAAAGGAGUUGUACGUAGGACUCGGAUCUGGAUUCCUCGAGUGGGGUCGACGCUUUGAGAGACAAGUUGCGUUGGCGCAGUCGGCAUGUGGGUUCGCGCGGCCGGAAGAUGUCAAGGUGGAUCUGCUGGGGCAUUACCUAGCGGGGACUGCAGAAAGGUACUAUAACAAGCAAGUAGAUGCCUGGUGGACACAACUGCCCACACUGCAAUACGUCAUGGAGAGGAUGCUCGAGACGUUCAAGACCAACAUCACCCCCGCGCAAGCAAUGAAGUUGCUCACUGCGCCGAAGGAAGGCAAUAGAUCGUGGCCCGAACACUAUAUGUACUUGGUCGCCGUAUCAGAGGCAUGCGGUGGCGGGGCAGACUGA